CAUGAAAUAUAUUAAAAGGGUACAUAAUAUGUUAUAUAAGUUGUGCAACGAUAACAAAAUAGCCGAAGAACACGAUAGGACAGUUUAGUAUAUUGAAUACUAGAGUGGUGAAGAAUCUACAAUUUAAAAGAUAAAGCAGAAAGAAAAGUACAUUAACUGAUUGUUGUACAUAUUUCUACCAGAAGACUUUGAAGAGGUAAUAGUUUGUUUAAACGAUGGGUGUACCAAGGUUUAAUGGAAUGAAAUAUAUUGACACAACGUCUACUGAAGCCUUUAUAACAAGAGAUACUGGACACGCCAAGCCUCAUCAACAUCGAACAGGUUUUUGUGUUAUAGUUUUCCUGUUGAUAUUAAUUGGCAUAGGAAUCUGUGUCAUGAUUCUUUAUAAAACUGUGGUUAGAGUGGAUGAUGUGAGACAAGAUUUACCAAAGUUCUGUAUGGAGUGUUCAGAAUUAAGUUUUGUUAACCAAAUAGAGAAAGAUAAUGUAGAAAUUAGAAGAGAAGAGAACAAGUUAAAAUGCUGUGCUAAAACAUCCGAACAAUAUACGUUAUUGAUGAAAAUGAUUCAAGCCAAAUUGCAACUGAACAGAUUACUAGCAAGCAGUCCUAACAAAGAAACAGAAGACGUGACAUUUAGUCUGUUACACAAGGCACCAGUAGCAGCUCACAUGUUAAUUGGUGCAGAUCUCUCUGAUCAUCAAAACAACACAAGGAAAAACGAUGUUGAAAACCUUCCACCUGUCCACAAUUUAUUACCUACCAGAUCAUUAUCUUUAUUAUCAGGUGUUAAAUUACAUCACGAUCGUCUAAUUGUUCAAACUAAAGGUAUCUAUUUGGUCUACAGUCAGAUUUAUUUUAAACUGAUUGAAGAUGUUAACUGGCCUGAUGGAUUAAAAAUCAUCAGUCAUAUUGUAGACAGGUAUAAUGAUAAUCUACCUAAUGAUGGGGAGGAGAAAUUAUUACAAAGUGUCCACACCUUGACACAGAUAUCAACACAACGUAGAAGUAACAUUGAUUUCCACUCAAGUUAUAUCUCUGGUGUAUUUGAGUUAGAUGUUGGUGAUGAGAUAUACACCAGAGUAACAAGUCGUCAGAUUAUUUCUAGAGAUCCAACACUCAAUUAUAUAGGGCUAGUUAUGUUGUCAGAUCCAUUACAGGGGAAUUAGAACUUUGGCGGUCAUCAUGUAGUAUAUAAAUCAGCCAAUUACAUGUAUUGGUUUUGAUUAAGCACGAACAAUUGAAUCUCUGAAUUGAAUCUCUGGAGAGUUCACAUGCCUGGUUUUUAGUAAGUUGGAAUUCACCCGGAGUCCAGAUUCGCCCAGGGCCCAAAUUUGGUAGCCUAAAACAUUCACGGAGUUAUGCUGGUCAGUUUGAUACCACUGGGGAUGGAGCUCGGCGACGAAUCGUUAUUCGCCCGUAGCCCAGGUCCAAUUCGCCUAAAACAUUCACAGGGCCAUGCUGGUUAAUUUGAUAUUAUGUGGAGGUGGAUUGUGGCGACGAAGCGUGAUGGGAUAACAUACACAUUUUAUUUGUAUAGAUUUAAUUUACAAUGUACUGUUUUAUAUUUAUACUUUAUAUACGAUGUAUACAUUCUAAAAUAAAACUAUGCUUUCACA